AGAGCUCUUAUUAGGUUUUUGUAUCACGAUCACAUAAAAGAGAUGAUAGAAAAGAUAGGGUGUGUGAAAUUCUCUUAUAAACUUCUUUUCUUGUAGAGAAUUACCACAGAGGUGGAAGACGACGCAAUAUCAAAUUAAGACAAAUCUCUAUAAAUCUUGCGUGUUUUUGAGUGUUUAUUUUUCUUUUUGCAAGUUGAUUUCUCUCGAUGGUAUGGAAUUAUAAUUUCUAAUUCUCAACAUUCUGGGUCAUAUUUAGUACUGCAAGAUGUCUGUUUCACAAUGGCUUGUCGACUCCAAUACACGAUGAGCAAUACUACAGUUAACAUUGCAAAAGAAGAAGUGACUCCAAGAAAAAAAGAUUAUAGGAAAACUGAAGAGUACUUGUUAAAAGAAAGUGAAUAGCUGAUGGAAGCCCUGAUAUAAGAACUCAAGAAGUACUUGGAAGCAGUAGUAUAAAGGCAUAUUAAAGGACUGAUAGAACUGUGUAAGAGGUCGGCAUUGUUGAAAAAUGCAUUUUGAGAUUAUACUUGGCACAUCAAAAAACUGGUGGCCUUAAAGAUUGUCGCUGAAUCCGUUAAAGGUGGGUGCAGUCAAUUAAUAAUAGAGUAAUGAUACACUUCGUGUUCAACUAUUUUUGUUCCCUUGUUUUGUGAAGAAGGCAUACUCACUUCUCAUAAUUGCUAGAGUCUGAAAUUUUUAAGAAUAAGAUGCAGAAUUCGAUUCAUGCUUCUGAUGCCGGGAACCAAGUUUACUUUGGUUAUUAGAUUUGCAACUCCUCAACUCGUGAAUUGAACUAACUGUUUCAUGUGUUUUUCAGGAAAUGUCUUUCUUAAACACGCCUCAGAAUUGUGCUUGAUUCCGAGAAAAGAUUAUCUGAAAAAUUAUGCAGUAUGUUUCUUCCAUGUCGAGAAUGGCGAAGCCUCUAUAUAUUAUUCAAUUAGCAGCAGACCAGAACUACAUGCCGACUUAUGCUGCCAGCUGGAAUUUGCAUUUUUAUCAGGUCAUGUGGGUCUUUUGUCCAUCGGAAAGCUUGGAAACUUGGAAAAUGCCCAUUGUUUUCGAUGGUCCUUCUUGUCUUCUCCAUUGAAAAGGUUGGAAGUUUUGUCUUCAUCGAUUGUGGUGUAUAUGCUAUUUGAAAAUGAUAUUAUGAACAUUGAAGUUGGCGUCUAGUUAGACUCGGAAAAUGACACGACGAGUAGUGCUUUUUUGAAGUGGAGUAGCCAUCAUUAAACGUGCAGUAUCUUUAAAAACACGGCUCGUUUCUGAUUCUAAGUUAGACCCGUUUAUCCCACUGUCCAAGUGCACUGUGUGCAAGACUCAGUCGAAAGAGAGGUGUAAAACAGGCUAGGGUACGAUGGGCUCUCCCAGAAUGAACAUGGUCUUCUAACUUGUUCGGUACGAUUUUUGAAAAGUCAAAAGUUGCUUUUAAGAUUACUUCGAUAAUUUCUGAAAGUGUUUUGUGUGAUUAGAUGAGCUUUUACAGAAAGUUGAUCUGUUGUAGCCUUUCAAGAAACUCAACUACAAAAUGUUUUGAGUAGAAACUUCUCCAAACAUGCCUAAAUAGUAAUAUCAUUUUCUGCGGAUGGUAGUCAGCCUCGUCAAUUAUGGCCUGAUUACUGCCAUUAAAGCUGAUAUACUGAACUCAAGGUCCACAUGAUCACCAAGUUUACUACAAUAUGUCGGUAGGCACUGAGAUCUAGUACAAGUGCAUUAGAUUUGAAUUGAAGUUUUAAAUCUGCCUGUGACCCAGUGCAAUUCAAGAAUCCUCAUGGUCUUGUCUAA